GCGUGUUGUAGGUCUCUAUGACGACGGGUCCAAUAAACCUUUUAGAGCCGUGGAGAGACUAGAAGCAGAUUAUGUGGACAGGUGUUGCUCCGCGGAGACUGCCAGGCACUAUGUGGGCCAGUUAGAUGGACUGUCAGUCUCAAAACAACCCGACUGGAUGUGUCCUUUCACCGCUCUUUAACUCAAGAGGAAUACUACGCAAGAACCAGCUGCUGUGACAAUAAUGAGUGAGGUGGCUUGCACAAAGUCCCAGGAGGAAUAUGAGGACGACUUCGAGAAAGAUCUUGACUGGCUGAUCAGUGAGGAAAGCCGGAGUGAGGACCAGGGCCCCGACUAUGAGGAUAUUGAAGCGGAAAUUGACAAAGAACUGGAAGAAGAUGACAAACAGAAGGGAAUGGAAAUAAAACCAAAAAGCCACAAUGAGGAGAACAAUAAAACAGAGGAGUUGGAAGAAGAUGAAGAGAGAUGGCCUUCUCCUAUGGACCCUUUAGAGUAUGACUCUGACAGAGACAGCCCAAGUAAGUCAUCGACUACGGCACCACCUCCUCCAGGGAUGGAUGACCAGACAGAUGAGGAGAAGAAGUAUAUUUUGGAUAAGAUCGAGCAGGCUAAUCGGGAACUGCAGGACCAGGAGGCUCCGGAUAUGUCAAGGCGCAGACGCCUGCAUUUUAAAGAGAAGCUGGUGGACCUGGUGGUGCCACCACUGCAGUUUGAGAAAGAUGGCAACAGUGGUGAGGCAGAAGGGGGAAUGGACAACAAGGAUAAAGCCAAGGAUUCAGAGGCAGAGACUGAAGUGUCAGAGAAGCUUUCUGAGCUAAAACUUUCCCCUCGGGAGGAAAGUGUAGGAUCUGGAGAAUCUGGCAGGACUGGGAAGAGCACUGAGGGAGGGCAGGGGAUAAAGGAGGGCCGAGUCCUUGUAGAAAAGGAUGGCAAGUUUGACCUUGUCAGCCUGAAUGAGGUGGAGAGUCAAGGACUUCUCCCUCCUAUAGCAAACAACUACAGCGACUACGCGCACUCCUCCCGACGUCCCCAGGAGCAGACUGGGAGCUCCAGUAAGAUCCACAGGUCCUCAUCCUCAGCCUCUCCUCGUCCUUGUGCCGACUCUUCCCACUUACAGCAAGGCGUUGAUCACCACCGUGCCCCAAGACCUCCAGCUCAGCCCAGGUGCAGGCCCAGCUCAGCCAUCCACAGCCAGAGAAACAGCCAGAGGAACAGCAGCAAGCAGCGGGUGCAGUCGGCCACUGGGUCACCUUGCCAGGGCACCUACACCCUCUCCCCCCAGCAGAAAGAGCUGCUGCAAAGGAUCCAAGAGAGGAAAGAGAAACUGGCCAGAGAGGCAGAGCAGAGGAAACGUGAGGAAGAAGAACAGAGGAGGCAGGAUAACGAGCUGGCAUUUAAGGCCUGGAUGAUGAGGAAGAGAGAGCAGUUUCUGGAGGAGAAAAGGAUCCACCGAGCUCAGGAGAUGGAGAGGAUGAAUUCUACGAGAGACACCAGUGACCCAGAGGAGUCCUUCAGGCUGUGGCUUCAGAGGAAGCAGGAGCAACAGCAGAAAGAGAGACAGCUGGUGGAGAUGAAGAGGCUGGAGGAGGACACUAGUUACCUCUUACGCAGCCGUGAGGAGUGUGAACGUGCCUUCAAGCUAUGGCUAAAGCGGAAACGGGCGGAGAAGCGAGCAGAGCAGCAGGCGGCUCGAGAACGCUCACGCAGGUUGGUGCUGGAGGAGCGACGGGCACGACGCAUGAGGGACCUGAUGUGUACCGUCAAUGAAACCAAGCCAUUCAGAUUCAGUGAACAGCUGGCACAUCGCUUCUGAACCCAAUAAACCCAACAUGUCUGCUGAACUGA